AUGAAGACUCGUGGAUAAAAGACAGAACCUAACUAUGCAUAUCAAUUCAAGAAGGACUAGAUCCUAGGGUAAAGCGAAAAAGGCAAGCCGGUCUUUUACAAAGUGGUAGAAGAUCUAAAAACUAAUGAUCACAAAUCCUAAUUAAAAGUAGUAAGACUGGAGUAGCAGGAGAAGCAAAAGGAUGGCAAAGUAGUCUACAAAGAGUCAUAAGAAGCACUAUUAUCCGUUAAGGAAAGAACGUAAGAAAAGAUAUUAUUUUUUAGUAAAAUUGUGGAAGAUGUUGAAGUAAAAUCCACAAAACCAAAUCCAAGAAGUAAAUCAACUGUGACAUCUUUUGUAUUCCAAUAGGAUACAUUGUAAGAUAUAGCAAAGAGCGUUAAACAAAUUCCCGCCAAUACUAAGUAGUAAAAGAAAUAGGUGAGUUCUGAAAGUGAAAGUGAAGAAGAGGAACCCCCCAAGAAAUAAACAAUAAAGAAAGGAACAAAAUAAGCAGUAAAAGAACAGACUCAAAAAAAGGAAGUCAAAAAAAACACAAAAAGAAAGGCUGAAUCUGAGGACAGUGUUGAAGAAGAAGAAUCCUCUGAAGAGUAACCACCCAAAAAGUAAGUAACAACAAAAAAGUAAGUACAGAAGGUAGUGAAAACAAAUAAAAAAACUACAAAAUAAGUAAAAUAGGAAGAAAGUGAGGAGAGUUCUGAAGAGCAAAGUGAAUAAGAAUAGAAAAAGAAAAAAGUCACUAGAUAAGCUCCAUCGGCUAAGAAAGCUCAAGUUGAAGUACCUCCAGUUUAGAAAAAAUAAAUCAAGAGAGGUAGAGCUUAGAAGAAGGAAGAAUCUGACGAAUCUGAAGAAGAGUUUGAGGAUAAUGAAGUUCAAUCUCAAUCAGUUGAAGAAAAGAAAAAGAAAGGGAAAGCAGGUGCUAAGAAAUCUAAAUCCUAACCUGCUCCACCAAAAAAAUUCAUGAGAGGCAAAGCCAAUCCCAAUUACAGAGAAAUUAGGUAGACUAGUGAACAAUUUGAAGGAACAUCUUCGAAAUUCGUUGAUCAUUCCAGCAUUGUCAUGAAUAAUAAGGAGUUGAUUAGAGCUGCUCAAACAGGAAAUGCUAAAUUAUUAAAUGAUAUUUUUGCUCAUUCAUUAAAAAUUAGUAAUCUCUUUUAGAGAUGGGCUCCUGAAAAUGGUGUCAAUGCUAUUGAACUUAUAUUUUAGAGAUAAGAUAAAGCUAUGUUGCUUUAAUUUCUAAAGGCAAUGGAAAAAGUAAAAUUGGGAACUACUCCUAGAUGUUCUCUCAAGGAAAUAUAAACAGGAUAUAACGAUUAAUAUGCUUAUGGUUCUAGAACAAGGAAGGUCGCCUUAGGCAGAGGAGGAAGAGAAGGAAACAAUGCUUUUGUUUAUGAUUUGGAUCAGGAAGAUAGUUUAACUGAGGACUAAAUAGAGAUAUUAAUGACAAUCGAAACUAAUCCUGAAUUAUUUGGUUUAAUGAUUGCCUAAUUGGGUGACGAACAUUAAUAUUAUGAUAAAGCUGCAUAUGCAGUCAGAAGCGGAAAUUGGAAGACAGCUGGUUAUUUGGUUCAAAUGGCAAUGGAUAAAGGACAUAUGUAUGGAUUUAAUUAAGUUCAUGUUGAUGUUUUGAAUUACACAAGUGCAAGUCGCAUAGGUAAUAUAAAGAAACCUUAAGCCACAAAGAAAUCAGGCGGUUCUAAUUUAAUUACUCCAAUCCAUUGUGCAGCUAUUAACCCUAAUCAUGCAUGUCUAUAGAAAUUGUUAGAAAUUUCAUAGGAAUAUAAUAUUUUAGAUGAAAUUCACAGAAAACCUGUUCAUUAUGCUGCUGUCUCAUAAACUUCAGCUUGUCUUAAGUUUUUAAUGGAUAACAGUAUAGAUGUUAGAGAGGGAGAUCGAAAUAAGAGCACACCAUUGAUAUUGGCAGCAUAGUAUGGUAGAACACAUAAUGUCGAAUUAUUGGCUUCUAAUAAUAUUGAUGGAAAAAAUAGAGAUGGAAAUGCUGCAAUUCAUGCCGCUUGUCUGAGAGGACAUUUGGAGACAGUAAAGGUUUUAUUGAAAAAUGGAGCAAAAAUUAAUUUGCCAGGAUAAAAUAGAAUGACUCCAUUAAAUAUUGCUAGUGCAUAUGGCUUUUAUGAUUUGGCUAAGUAUUUAAUUGAAUAGGGAGCAAAAGUAUUGGCCAAGGAUAAAUAUGGAAGAUCUUCUUGUGCUUUGGCUGCUCGUAAUGGAAACGUAAAGAUUCUUUCUUUGUUGCUUUAUCAUGGAGCUGAAUAUGAUUAGCCAGACAGUUCUAAAAAUACUCCUCUACACUAUGCAGCAGCUUAUGGUUUUCCAGAAUGUAUAGAGGAACUGAUGAAGGCAGGAGCUGAUUAAAAUUUACCAAAUUCUUGGAAAUUGACUCCUUUGUCUGUGGCUCUAUAGAAGAAUCAUUUGGGAAUUGUUAAGAAGUUGCUGAGUUAUCCAACAACUGAUGUUAAUUGCAAAGAUGAUGAAGGCAGAACUUUGAUUUCUUCAAGUUUAAGCAAGUUUACAGUGGAUUCAUUUGAGUACAUGAAAUAUUUGAUUUUGGAGAAGAAUGCUGAUGUCAAGAUUGCAGAUUUAUAAGAGAAGACUCCAUUGCAUUAUGCAGUAUUAUUGUCAAGAAAGAAUGCAAAGUAAUAUUAUCCUAAAUGGAGUGAAAUGAGCAAAGCAGAAAGAAGAGAUAUCAAAAAUAAGUAUGAGAAGUUAGUUCACGAGAUGAUUGAACUCUUAAUUAAUGCAGGUUCAGAUGUUAAUGUUUAAGACAAUAAUGGAUAAACUCCAUUCAUUCAAUCAUUAAUGAGUCAGAAUUUCAAAGUGUCUGAAUUAUUAUUGAAAUUGUCUACUCCUACUGUUAAUUAUGUUGACAAAAAAGAUAGAAACAUUUUGCAUAAGUUAAUUGAAUGUAGAUUAUUCUAAAGUGAAAAGGGAUUUUCUAUUUUAUAGAAUAUCAUUAAGACAGUAGAUCCAACUUUUGUCAAUUAAUAUGAUGAAAAUGGAUGGAAUCCAAUACUUUAUCUAUUUUCUGAAUUUACAAGCACAGCUGAAUAAUAAUAUUCAAAGAUUUAUGAGAAAAAAGUGUCAGUAUUAUUAUAGAAAUUAUUUGAAGAGAAAUAAAAGGUAUUAGUAGAAGAGGAGGAGAAGCUUAAUUAAGAAAAGAAGUUGAAAAAUAACGAAUAGAAAGAUGGGAAGAAAAAGCUUCAAGAAGAAGAGGAAAAUGAAGAAGAUGAAGGAGAAGAAGGAGAAGAUGAAAAUGAAGAAGGAAAAGAUGAAGAUGAACUAGAAGUUGAAGAAAGGGAAGAAGAUGAAGAGAAUCAUGAAGAUGAGGAAGAUGAAGAGAAUCAUGAAGAUGAGGAAGAUGAAGAAGGAGAUGAAGAUGAAGAAAAUGAAGAAGAAGAUGAGGAAAAUGAAGAUGAUGAUAAUUCUGAAGAAGACUAUCAUCAUUAAAAAACAAGUAAAAGUGCCAAAGGUUUACUUGGAUCAACUAAUAUUUUUUCAAAAUCUUAAGGAAAUGCUGUAAAUGUUAAGGAUUAAUAUCACACUAAAACAUUCUAUUAUAAAAAUAAGCCAGUUAUAGUCUUUUUAAAGAAAGAAUAAAUUGAUGUUUUGAUUAAUGAGACUAAUUAAGAGUGUUGGACUCUUUAAGAACUAGUAAUCAAACUAUAUCAAUUGCUCAUUAAUUUAGGAGCAGAUUCUAAUUCAUCAAUCAUUAAGAGAAGGUAAUUUAGAGAAUAAAAGGAUCCUCAAUAAGAAGACUCAGAGCAUCCCUACAUUGAUGAGGGACGUUAUACCAUAGCUCAUUUUAUUUUCAAGUCUUAUCAUAGUGUUUCAUUUUUACAGGAGAUCAAUAAAAUCAAGGCAAUAUCCUUUUCUUAAGCUGCGGAAUAAAAUAUAUAUCCCAUUCAUCUUUUUGCAAAUUCAUGCAAUAUGAGUCCAGUUUGUGGUAGGGAAAAUGAAAACAGUUAAACAUUUUUAGAGUAUGUAAUUAGUAAGAUUGAUGUUACUGUAAAAGAUGAAAAAUUGAAUACUCCAACAAGUUAAAUAGCUUGUAGAUACAAUUUUACAUUAGAUGGAAUCUUGAAUCUUCUGAUCUCAAAUGGAGGUAGUGUUAAUAAUUUGAAUGAGGAUGAUGUAGUUCCAAUAUAAAAUUGGGUAAGGGAAAAUCAGAUUAAAGUUGUGGGAAUAUUUUUAACUAAAUUUAAAGCUGAUCCCAAUUUCCCUGAUCAUUCUUAAAGGACUGCCUUACAUCAUGCUAUCAAUUCAUCUAAUUCUGAAGCAGAUGCCAGCUUUGAGAUGGAACAUUUGUUAAUUAAGAAUGGAGCCAACACUAAUGCCUUGGACAUCUAUAAGAGAACUCCACUCUUCUAUGCAUUCACAAAAAUGACAUAUGAUAAUGAUUUUAAAGAGAUUGAUCCAUUUGAAACAGUGUCAUCCGUUUUAGCUGAUAAACAUUGUUCAGUUGAUACUGUGGAUAUCCAUUAAAGAUCUCCUCUUCAUUAUGCUGCUAUGAGAGGAAGUGUGAUCUCAGGAAGAUACAUGAUUAAAAUGAAGGCCCCCAUUGAUGUACCUGAUAAAUAUGGCAAUACUCCACUGGCUUUGGCAUUCUUAUGUGGCCAUUCUAAUUUCUGCACCAUGCUUAUAGAUAAUAAAGCUGAUGUAAAUAGAUACGCAACUGUUGUUGAUUAUGAGAAGAUUAGAAAGGAGGAAAGGAAGAAGAUAAAGGAGAGAAUCGAGAGGGGAGAGGCAAUAGAAUAGGAAGACGAAUUUAUAAGUGAUGAAGAAGAAGAACAAGAAGACGAAGCCUAGGAAGAGGAGGAAGAUGAUAAUGGACUUUAUGGAGGUGCUAGAACCAAAUAGACUGCGAGAAAGUCAUAUGGAGGAAAGGCUCCAAUAAAAAGGAUAGCUGCGGUUGCUGCUUCAAACCCAUAUUAUGGAAAUCAUCAAUAAGUGAAAUAUAAAAAAUCAGUCAAAAUUCAUUUAUUGCAAUCAACCAAAUUCCCAGUAGGAACCUAUUCUUACUUUAAAUUAGCCAUUAAAUAGGGAUGGUAGGGAUUGGCAUAUUUAUUGAUUUCAGAUGGAUAUGAUUUACAAAGGGCCAUUGAAGAUGCAAUAAUGGAGGAGCAAUUCAAACUAGUUCGUACUUUAUUGAUGAAAGUGAAAGAUGAUGAGAUUGUGUAGAAGUAAAAUAAAAAUAAAUAAAACCUCUUCCAUAUUUUCUCAAUAAAGGGUAGGAAGUGUACAGAAGAAAUAGCUUUGAUGAUUGCUGAUGAAUUAGCAAGCAGACAAGUUGAUAAAAAUGCUAAGGAUGACUAGAAUAAUACUCCACUUCAUUAUGCUGCUCAAAAUGACUUUUUUGGAAUGAUUUAAUAUUUGUUGUAAUCGGAUAGUGACCCAAAUAGUUACAACAAUGAUCAGAAUACUCCAUUUUCGAUUAGAUUGUAAGAAAGGUACAAGGCUUUGGUAUCUGAUGUAGAACUAUAACAAUGGAAGGAUAAGAAAACCAAUUUAAAUGUCAAAUUUAAGGUUAAAGGAAAGGAUUAUUAAAUCACUCCCAUUUUGUACUUGAUCUAGGAGUAUCAUUUGGAAGAUGAGAUAAUCCUCAAUAAAUUUACAGAUGCUGGUUGUGAUAUCAAUGAAAAGACUGAGAAUGGAGAAACAUCAUUAAUGUUAGGUAUCAAGAUAAACUCCUUGAAGUUGGUCAACUAUAUAUUGAAUCAUCCUAAGUUUGAGGUUGCACUUCACUCUCAGGAUUCCUAGAAUAGAACACCCAUUCAUUAUGUGGUCUAGCCUCUUGAGUUUGGAUCAUAUGAGAACAUUGAGAUGUUGUAAUUGUUGUCAAAGCAAUUUGAUAUCAAUCAACCUGAUAAACUUGGUAGAACACCUUUGGAUUAUGCUAAUGAUCAAGAUUCAGGAACCAUGGCUGAAGUUCUUAAGAAAUUGAAUGCUAAAGAAGGCAAGAAAUAAAAGCAGCCUAGACUUCCAACCAGUGUUAUUUCUUAAGCCUAAUGGGUGGAGGAAGAGAUUGAUGUUGAGGCAGAUGCUUAGAAAUUCUUGGAUUAAAAUGUAGAAGAGUUGGAUGAUUAGAAAUAAGACACAAGAAAAAUAGUGGAUGAGAGGGCUAAGUCUUCUGGAAAGGUUGAAGUGUGGAUAGAUAAAGAAUCUGGCCCAUAUUCAUUGUAGAUGACAAAAGUUGAUAUUGGAAAUGGCAUCUAUUCAGAGAAUGUCUUUUAUAAGAUGCAACUCUUGCAUGAAAUUAAUAGAAAUGUUUUUAUACUCUUCACAAGAUGGGGAAGAAUUGGUACAGGUGGAUAGCAUCAAUUGACACCUUUUGAAAAUGCCGAGGAAGCUAUUAAGGAGUUCAAUAAGAUAUUCCAUUAAAAGACUGGAGGAAAUGAUUGGAAGAAGGUUUCAUCUGGAGAAGAGCCGUUUGUGAAAAAACCAGGAAAAUAUUAAUUGAUCCAUUUCAAGAAUGUUAAAAAUUACAAGACUUUGCUUACUCCAUUUGAUUUCAGCAAGAAGAGUCCUUAUCAAUAAUGUAAUUUGGACAAAGCAAUCAGGAGGUUCAUGUUGUAAUUUGUCUAAGUUAAAUUGUACAACAAGGAUUUAUAAUAAUUCCAUAUUGAUUUGGAUUCUAUGCCUAUUGAAAGACUAGAUAGAAAGCAAUUGGAAGCAGCUAAGGCUAUUUUGAAUGAAUUAACAGAUUGUGUGGAAGAUCUACAAAAACUCAGAUCAACUGGAGAUCUUGAUAUUAAGAGGAUACAAAACAUAUUUACUGAAAUUUGUGAUAAAUCAAGUAGAUUCUAUGAAUUCAUACCAGUAACAGACUUAAAAACAGAACCUCUUCCUCCAUUGGAUUCAGUUGAAGCAAUAAAUCAAAAGUUGUUGUUAAUCGAAACUCUACUUAACUUUGAAAUCACUUCUAAAAUCUUAUUGGGUGCUCAUCUUGUGAAAUAGACAAUUAAUCCAUUAACUUAUUGUUUCAAUGCACUCAAUGUUAGAGUAGUCACUUUACCAAAAGAGCAUCCUGAAUUUAAAUUGAUAGUCUAAUAUAUCAAUGCGUCCCAACAAGCAAAGGUUUCAAAUAUCUUUGCCGUUGAGAGAAGAGGAGAAGCUGAAAGAUUUGAGCACAAUAAACUAUAUAAUAGAAUGCUCUUAUGGCAUGGCUCUAAAAUAUCAAAUUUCAUGGGUAUUCUAGCUUAAGGACUAAGAGGUAUUGAUUAUAUUAUAUAUGUUUAGUGGCACCUCCAUGGGCAUUUAACACUGGAACUAUGUUUGGAAAAGGUAUCUAUUUUGCAGAUAUGUUCUAAAAGUCUUUUGGCUAUACUGAAGAUUGGUCUCUCUAUUAUAACACGUAUAAUGGACUAUUCUAAUAAAAUGGAUAUUACAACAGAUCGAAUAGUGCUAAGAAAGAUGAGUAAGAUGAAAUACAGAGAUACAGAUACAUGUUAUUAUGCGAAGUGGCAGUAGGAAAAACUUUGAAUCAAUAUAAUCCUGAAUACAUUUCCAAUUUAGAUAGUAAUUUAACCAUUUAAUUAUUUUAGAAUAAUAUUAGUCUGUUAAAGGAUGUGGAAGACGAGGACCUGAUUACAACUAGUCAGUGAUUUUGUCAAAUGGAUGUAAAGUACCUGUUGGAUAAUGCAUCGACUACCCAUAACCAAAGAAGAAGGACAAGGAAGGAAAUCCAGUUCGCUUUUAACUUUAACACAAUGAAUAUAUAGUCUAUGAUGAGACCAAAGUGAAGGUCAGAUACAUGGUUUAACUGGACACAAAAGAUACUAUAGACGAGUAUUGAGAUGUUAUUAAUCUCUAAUUAUUCUUUGG